AUCGCAACAACAACCACCAAUUCUACAGCAUAAGCAGCGCAAUAUGUCUGACGCCGACUUCGACACGAUCAGGAAGCUUCAGGCUGAGCGGAAUGCCGCUUCUGCUGGUAAGAAGGGGUCAAAGACGUUUGAUCCAUCGCAACAACGAACUGAUGUAUCCACCAAGGCGUCCCUGACUGAAAGCUUCGAUACGACACUUUAUGAGCGCGAAUCAUCCGAUAAGUUUGCAGGAUACAAUACAUCUAUUGCUGUGGCAGAUGGCGAUGAUGAUGAAGAGGAAGAGGAUACGAGCCGCCGGCUGGUUGGACAAUACACGGCGUCGAGGGAGCAAAUGAACGAGUUCAGUCACGGCAAUGGGGUUGAGGAAGAGGAUAUUUUGCUGGGAAGGGAGAAGAGCGCGCGGAUUUCUGAUCGCGAAACUGACUAUCAAAAACGUCGACACGACCGAGUUCUAACACCCACCAGAGUCGAUCCUUUCGCGGCGAAUAGACAAGACGGAGCGGCCGAAGAUGGCGAAAGUUACCGAGAUGUUAUGGCGCGACGAGAGCUAGAGCGGGAAGAGGAAAGAGUUCGUAAAGCUAUAGAGGAAAAGACGGCGAAUGGCGAAGUGGUUCAUCACAAAGCGAAUCUGGCCGACGAGGGAAGUGCUUCUCCCAACGGCGAGGAGAGCAAGGAAUCUGAAUCUAAGGAGGUUGCCACUGCAGGUCGUAAGCGAAAACAACGAUGGGAUGUUGGCACAGAAUCCGAUAAACCCACAACAGAAGCUUCCGAGGCCAAAACCAAACGAUCGCGAUGGGACCAGACACCUGCUAUUGGAGGCGUGGCCGUGGAUGAGACGCCUCGACGACGAUCGAGAUGGGAUCAAGCACCAGCAGCUACACCAAUGGGCAACCAGGGGCUCGUAACUCCCAUGCAUCCUUCUCAAAUGGGUGGACCAAUUAUGCCAACUGCCUUUGGUACCGAUAUUUCAAUGAGAAACGCUCCUCUAUCAGAUGAAGAACUCGAUAUGAUGUUGCCUACAGAAGGAUACAAGAUUCUCGACCCACCUCCAGGAUAUGCCCCGAUUAGAGCUAUUGCUCAGAAGAUGAUGGCUACUCCAGCUCCUGCCGGUGGAGCAUCUGGAUUUGGAGGAUUCAUGAUGCAGGAUCCGGAGAGUGGAAGAGCAUUGGGAAAACAACUCCCUACCGAAAUACCUGGUGUUGGCGACCUCCAAUUCUUCAAGGCAGAGGAUAUGGCAUAUUUUGGCAAGCUGACAGAUGGGAGUGACGAGAAUUCGAUGAGCGUUGAAGAACUCAAGGAACGCAAGAUUAUGAGACUUCUGCUGAAAGUAAAGAACGGAACUCCUCCAAUGAGAAAAACGGCUCUCCGUCAGCUCACAGACAAUGCACGCCAAUUUGGUGCUAGCCCGCUCUUCAACCAAAUUCUUCCCCUUUUGAUGGAAAAGACUUUAGAAGACCAGGAGCGGCAUUUGCUUGUCAAGGUUAUCGACCGUGUACUUUACAAGCUCGACGAACUUGUCCGCCCUUACGUUCACAAGAUCUUGGUUGUCAUUGAACCUCUAUUGAUUGAUCAGGACUACUAUGCUCGUGUGGAAGGUCGAGAAAUUAUUUCAAAUCUUAGUAAAGCUGCAGGUCUUGCCCAUAUGAUCAGUACUAUGCGACCGGAUAUUGAUCACGUCGAUGAAUAUGUUCGAAAUACCACAGCAAGAGCCUUCGCAGUUGUCGCCUCGGCACUUGGCAUUCCGGCAUUACUUCCUUUCCUGCGAGCAGUUUGCAGAAGCAAAAAGUCGUGGCAAGCUCGUCAUACCGGUGUCAAAAUUGUUCAACAAAUUCCUAUUCUUAUGGGUUGUGCAGUUCUACCACAUCUAAAGGGCCUUGUUGAUUGUAUUGGUGGCAAUUUGAACGAUGAUCAGACAAAAGUGCGAACAGUCACAAGUUUAGCCAUUGCAGCAUUAGCCGAAGCAGCAAAUCCUUAUGGUAUUGAGAGUUUUGACGAGAUAUUGAAUCCUCUGUGGAGUGGGGCCAGAGUUAGUACUUUCCUUUUUCGUUUUUUCUCUCCCACACCAUUUCUGUAGGGAGAUCCCGUCAUUGCCAGUUAGGCCUGGAAUACCCUCUAAUUCCAAUGGGAGUGGCAAUGAUUCUCCGAGAUCAUCCUAUCUCUUUUCAACUCAAAUUCUUCAAAUAACCAUAACAGUCUUUGAAAGAGUUUAUGAGGACUGGCGAAUCGAGUUUACGAUUCUUCCUAAUUAUCUUGGAUAAUUAUCUUUGAUUAUCCCAGACCAUUUGGCGCAAUCCAAAACGAACGAGGCGCUCGAGCACAAUGAACGAUUUUCUUACCCUAUUCCUAACCAUUCUACUGUUUAUGCACCCAAUACAAACUUCCAGAUAUAUGCUGACUGGGAUCAUAGAAACAACGCGGAAAGGGCUUGGCUGGUUUUCUCAAAGCUGUCGGUUACAUCAUUCCUUUGAUGGAUGAAGAAUAUGCCAAUUAUUACACAAGUCAAAUCAUGGAAAUAUUGCUUCGAGAAUUCUCUUCUCCAGAUGAGGAGAUGAAGAAGGUCGUUCUGAAAGUUGUUUCUCAGUGCGCUGGAACGGAUGGUGUUACAGCCGGUUAUCUGAAAGAGCAUGUUCUGGAUGAAUUCUUCAAGAGCUUCUGGGUUAGACGAAUGGCUUUGGACAAGCGAAAUUACAGACAAGUUGUCGAAACGACAGUGGACAUUGGUCAGAAGGUUGGCGUCGGAGAGAUUGUUGAGCGAAUUGUCAACAAUCUCAAAGACGAAAGCGAAGCUUACCGAAAAAUGACAGUGGAAACUGUAGAGAAGGUCAUUGCCAGUCUAGGGGCCGCAAGUAUCAGCGAGAGAUUGGAAACACGACUUAUCGACGGUAUACUGCAUUCAUUCCAAGAACAAAGUGUCGAGGAGAUCGUAAUGCUUAAUGGAUUCGGUACAGUGGUCAACGCCCUCGGAACACGAUGCAAAGACUAUCUUCCUCAAAUUGUUAGUACCAUCCUCUGGCGGCUGAACAACAAAUCGGCCACGGUUCGACAGCAAGCCGCAGACUUGAUCUCACGUAUUGCAAUGGUGAUGAAGCAGUGCGGCGAGGAUGCAUUGAUGGGCAAGCUUGGUAUCGUGCUCUACGAAUAUCUUGGAGAGGAGUAUCCUGAGGUACUUGGUUCGAUUCUUGGUGCACUCCGUUCCAUUGUCACGGUAGUGGGUAUUAGUCAAAUGCAACCGCCCAUCAAGGAUCUCCUCCCACGACUCACCCCCAUCCUAAGAAACAGACACGAGAAAGUUCAGGAAAAUACCAUUGAUCUUGUGGGUCGUAUUGCUGACAGAGGACCUGAGAGUGUCAAUGCGAGAGAAUGGAUGCGAAUUUGCUUCGAGCUCUUGGACAUGUUAAAGGCACACAAGAAAGGUAUCAGAAGAGCUGCAAAUAACACAUUCGGUUUCAUUGCGAAGGCAAUUGGACCUCAAGAUGUGCUCGCCACCCUUCUCAACAAUCUUCGAGUACAGGAACGACAAUCGCGUGUGUGUACCGCCGUCGCCAUCGGUAUUGUCGCUGAAACUUGUGCGCCUUUCACCGUCCUUCCAGCACUCAUGAACGAAUAUCGAGUUCCCGAACUGAACGUGCAAAAUGGUGUCUUGAAAUCACUAUCUUUCCUUUUCGAAUAUAUUGGAGAGAUGGCCAAGGACUAUGUUUACGCUGUGACUCCCUUACUCGAGGACGCUCUCAUUGACCGAGACCAAGUACAUCGGCAAACUGCAGCCUCUGUUGUCAAGCACGUUGCCUUGGGUGUUGUGGGGCUCGGAUGCGAGGAUGCGAUGCUCCACCUUCUUAAUUUGUUGUAUCCCAACCUUUUUGAAACAAGUCCCCAUGUCAUCGAUAGGAUCAUCGAAGCCAUCGACGCCAUCCGUAUGGCUGUUGGCCCCGGACUCACGAUGAAUUACGUGUGGGCGGGUCUCUUUCAUCCAGCGCGGAAAGUUAGGCAACCAUACUGGGUAAGAUUUCUCUCAUGUCCUGAAAGUCCCGAAGGAAGAUAUGCUAACCGGUACUAGCGAUUAUACAAUGACUGUUAUGUCCAAUCAGCAGAUGCCAUUGUGCCUUAUUAUCCCAACUUGGAUGACGAGAAGAUGGAUAGACCGGAAUUGGCGAUUGUUAUUUAAUUGUGGUGGGGCAGGACGUGAUACCAAGAGGGAAAGGGGGCACGUUUCUUUUCGAUUGUAUGAUAUUGGGGUGUAUGUAAGAAGAAAAAUAUAAGCACUAAUCGACUCA